GAACAUGGUUGGGAUUGUUUUGAUGGGACGGUGGCGGAGCCAUCUUGUUUUAUAGCCUUCCUAAGCCCGUUUACAGAGUCAGAUGAAACAGCCAUGGAAUAUGAUACUAUAUCCCGACCAUAGCCAACUGAAAUAAACACAUUCGAGUAUCGAAACUCAUUUCUUAUCGACGGAAUAUACGCAGCGAGCAGAAUCAGUCGCUCGAUCAUUUAUUUAUCAACGUCGGGACUGGUGCUUUAAGUGCAUUUUCUCUUGCACAUUUUCUCUGGUGUAAGAUACUAUGAAUGGAGGAUAAAUGUUGCCGAAGGCUGACAGCGGUGGUUUUGUGCUUCUCCUCUUCAUUCUGACAACAACAGAUCCGCCACGGACAGGUCCACGGGUCGCUCGGGCCAGACAGCUGCCAGAGCAGCGCUGCGGUCCUGACCAGUUUGCCUGCCAGAGUGGAAAACUGCAGUGCAUCCCCCUGUCCUGGCAGUGCGAUGGUUGGACGAUCUGUGAGGACAAAAGCGAUGAGAUAGAUUGCCCUACAAUAAAGGAGGAACGGUAUCGUAACAGCAACGGUUUCGAGCCGGUGGAGGACGUCAUGGGUGUCGCUCAGCCAGUGCGCUUCAACAAGAAGUGUCCGACUGGCUGGCACCAUUACGAAAAAACAGCUAGCUGUUAUAAAGUCUACCUGAGGAGUGAGAACUACUGGCAGGCGGUGGAAACGUGUCAGAAAGUCAACGGCUCCCUCGCAACGUUCGGCACCAAUGAAGAGCUGCAGUUCAUCCUCAAGAUCGAGGUGGACUUCGACGAGAAGGUGUGCGAGCGAAAGGACCAGUGCAAGUUCUGGGUGGGAUAUCAGUAUGUGAUUACUAACCAGAAUCAUUCACUGGAGGGCCGUUGGGAAGUGGCAUAUAAAGGGUCCAUGCAGGUGUUUCUGCCUCCGGAGAGUCUGGAUAACUUCGGUGAGGCGAACCCUACGCAGGAUAACAUGUUUUGCGGCCAGCUGCAGCGCUUCCAGAUCAAGAGCAUGAACGAGCAGGGCUUGCACAGCUGGAAAGCGGAAAACUGCUACAAAAAAUUCCCCUUCCUCUGCAAGAGAAGACAAACUUGUGUGGAUAUCAAAGACAAUGUGGUGAAUGAGGGCUUUUACUUCACGCCUAAAGGGGACGACCCGUGUCUGAGCUGCACGUGUCACGACGGCGAGCCGGAGAUGUGUGUGGCCGCCCUGUGUGAGCGCCCGCAGGGCUGCCAGCAUUUCCGCAAGGACCCGAAAGAGUGUUGCAAGUUCACCUGCUUGGAUCCCGACGGCAGCAGUCUGUUUGACUCUAUGGCCAGUGGCAUGCGGCUCAUUGUGAGCUGCAUCUCGUCCUUCCUCAUCCUCUCUCUGUUGCUCUUCAUGGUGCACAGACUGAGGCAGCGGCGGCGAGAACGCAUCGAAACCCUCAUUGGAGGAAACCUGCAUCAUUUUAAUCUGGGUCGGAGAGUCCCGGGCUUUGACUACGGGCCGGAUGUGUUCGGAACGGGCCUGACGCCUUUGCACCUCUCCGAUGAUGGUGAAGGUGGAGCGUUCCACUUCCAGGAGCCCCCGCCCCCUUAUGCUGCCUACAAAUACCCAGAUAUCCACCAUCCCGAUGACCCUCCUCCUCCAUAUGAGGCCUCCAUCAACCCAGACAGCAUCCUCUACAUGGACCUCGGGCGGACCGUGGUUCCGCUCGCGACUGGGCACAUGAGCGGCGCAGCCAACUCUCUCCAGAGGGAUUUCCCCGAGCCGGCGCUCCCCGCCCCCCCGCCGCCCCUGGAGGAGCGCGAGGACUCCAUUGACAGUAGCACCUUACUGGUCUCUCCAGACACCCCCAGCGAAUCAGAGGCCAGCAUCACGCAGAGCUCCAGCGCAGACUGCAGCAGCGGCCCCUCGCUGAGCACCAUGGUGUAGGUCGUAGGGUACGUGUCCAGACUGAUCGCUCUACUAAAUCAAGGAGGCUGUUGGACUGUUCAGAGCAGAGACUUCAGACGUGAAAGAAAAGACGCUUGUUUCGGGUUUUUAUUCUGCGUUUUUUCAGCUCGAGUCACAUGUAAAUACUUCCAUCAGCCAUCGAGUGGCUUGAUGUUGGGGAGGGCCGAUAGAGCAGCUCUAUCUGAGGUUUACACUGGCAUGUGUCGAUCACCACACUUUGGUGAACGAACCGGUUGAUGAAAAGACAUUUUAGGCCUUAGUGGUGUAAUUCAGUCGACCUGACGUUCUCUCACUGGAAUCAUGUCCUGCACACUGACUCUUUCCUGGCACAAAGAAGCUAUUUGUUUUUUGAUUCAUUACUGCUCUGUCCAAACUGACCCUAAAGAAAGCGUUCUUGUGUGGUCAGCCGUCGGCGUUCCUAGCACCUGUGCUUGUCUACGGGAAGGAUCCGUUUGGAUGCGAGCAAUUCCGUGUUCUUAUCUGGAUUUCUGUGAUGUCUUGUUUCUGUUUGUCAGAUCAGUAGCACAAACUCAAAAUGAAGAAAAAAAAAAUUUUUUAGAUCUCACAAAAAUCUCACAAAAACUUGUCAGAAAUUACCAGUUUUUAACCAAAACCGAAAAGGAAAUUUGAAAAUAUAUUUUGCAUAGAAGCUUAUCGAACCAUUUAUAUUUCAGUGGCCCACAAUUUUUAAAGAAAUCUUUUUUCCAUUACUGUAAUGCUGAAAUAAAAAUCUUGCGUAUAUAUUAAAAAUAUAUAUAGUGCAGUUGUAAGUAUUGGUCGUGGUGGUAUUUGUGGUAACUUUUAUUAUUGUAGGAAAAUUCAAUUUUUUUUUUUUUUUUUGGCAUUACAGUAAUGAAGAAUUUUUAUUAUUAUUUUCAUUGUGGUAAUGAGUAUUUGCGGGAAUUUUGUUUUUAACCACUUUAGAUCCGAAAAGUUUGGCGCUAAUUUACAUUUUGAAUUUAGAAUGUAACGGUUAAAAAAAAAAUAGCUGAACAUUUACCCAAGUAAUAAAUAUUCUCAUUUAUUUUUGGCUCUCGAGCUGAUCUCGAAGUGUGCUGAAACAAAUCAUGGUUUUGAAAUAGAUAUUUCUUAUUGAGAUCCUGAGUUUGGAUUUACACGUUUAGACUUGCUUAUGAUAAAUUUGAGUUUUGUUUUCAUGGUCUGUUGUGUGUGUGUGUGUGUGUGUGUAUGGCUGUAUUUUUCAUUUUCAGCAUCUGUAAGCUAAGUGCUCUCCUCUCAAUGUUUCGACGUAAAUCACAAAGUAAACCGUUUGUUACUUGACACAAAGUAAAUGUGAGCGUGUAUUUGCACACAUGAGCGCAUAAAUGUACAUGUAUGUAACAGCAAAACUUUUUUUUCAUUUUUUUUUUUCAAUCAUUUAACAAUUAACAGACUACUUAAUUGUCAUUUGGACAUAUCCAGUGAAUGGAAUAUGUAUUUAAUGAAGCGCAUAAGUUGUGAACAUGGAAGGAUAGAUUUAGAUUUUGUCUGCAUUGUUGCUGACUAAAAUGAACACUGCUUUCACAAAGUUGCGAUUCUGAUUCCUGGAUUUUGUCAAUGGGAGCAAAGCUUUUUCUUCAUACUGGAAAUGCAACAAAAAGCCCGAACUAAAUGACAAUCAGGCAUUUUAUGCAAAGAUGUUUUUGCACUUCAAAAACACACGGCCCUGCUGUGUUGAGCUGAAUGAAAUACAAAGACAAAUUAAUGUGGCACACAGAUCCCUUUUUCUUCAAGAUCCAUCACCAGCACCAAAUUAACUGAGUAUGUGACAUCAUGAAGACGUUUCUAUCAUCCUCCAGUUAAAUCUUCUUUUACUGUAUAGUUUGUUUGUUUUGCAUUUCAUUUCAGGGUUUCAUCAGCACAGACAAUCCUGUGAUCAUUAGUUUUUAUUUUGUGUGUGCUUGUUAAAUGUAUGUAUAAGCGUGUGGAUUGGUCGUGUGUAUUGUAAAAGUUGGCAUGAAUGUUUUACAGACCUACGGUUGCAUGUUUUACUCUUUUGCGCAUGCAGCGAGGACGUCUCUUCUGCUGUUGUACUCUUCGUUUCUGCUAUGCUUACAGACGCUCGUCUGCAAACUGAGGUUCGAGACACUUCUGAUUACUUUUUCCACAUACCAUUUGCUAACUUUUUUUAAAUAAAAAAAGUAGAGAAUUUCUUUUAGAUAGACUUUGUGGUGCAACAAGGAAAAAAGCAUCAUGAAAUAUUUUAUGUAGAAUGCAACAGUUGGGAGAUUUGUCGAUUCUUGAAUUUGUUUUUUUUUAUGUCAUGUACUGCUUCUUUUUUUUUUUUGUCAGAGGACUUUUUUUUCUCUGAAGUAGAUGUACAUCUAAUCAAAUGCCAAAUAAAUUGUACCAUGAAGGACA